AAUAUAUGAAGAUCUCCAUUGUUAACGUGUUUAAGGCUAGGACUAGGCUUAAUCCAUGUCUGGGAAACUGGGCCUAUGUAGUUAUAGUGAUAUGUGAAACGUUUCGGAGACUAAUAAUUAACGGAACACAACAAACUUCAGCCCUUUAAACGGCAUUCGUCCAAUUGUCGUUCAACUGUACGCUCUCGACACAGAUCCGCUGCGUCUAUUGGCUCAGCAAGGAAACAACGGAGCAGCGCGUGGUUUGAAUUCUAUUUGGUUCUCGGUUGUUUUUGAGAGUGAUUUUCUGUCUUGCUGAAGGGCUAGCAUUGAGUCCGUUCGCUUCCCGAUUCAUUGAUACAGCAGACCGAGCCUUUUUAACCAAUUGUCCUCAGGUUUGGUGUUGGAGGAUGCGCCGCGACACAUCUGCCAACCGACGGAAGGGCACCACGCCGAAGCGUCGGCCACCACAGCCACCGCCGGGGCCGUCCGUGUCCCACUCCCCGCGUAGGAGCGGUCCUUCAGCACCUGGCGCCUCGCCUCGCAAGAAGAGGAGGUUCCGUCCAGGAUCCAAAGCUCUCAUGGAGAUCAGGAAGUAUCAGAAGAGCACUAACCUGCUCUUGAGGAAGGGUCCUUUCUCACGUUUGGUGAGGGAGGUGUGCCAGACAUAUGCCAGAGACUUCAUGAGGUGGCAGGCUCUGGCUCUCCAAGCCCUGCAGGAGGCAGCAGAGGCUUUCCUAGUCAUGCUGUUUUCGGAUGCCAACCUGUGUGCCAUCCACGCCAAGCGCGUGACCCUGUUCCCACGUGACCUGCAGCUGGUCCGACGUAUCCGCGGGGUGGAGAGUCUCUGAGGGAGGGGGGGUCGGGGGCCUCCGGACGGGACAUCAGCACUGAGCACGAUGCGUUCAUUUUAGUUUAUUUUUCAAUCUUUUAACCGCCUUAGUUCUUGAGGCUUGUAAUGAAUCGAAAACUCUGGAGGUGGACAUUUUAAAGACUCACUUUCUGUUCCAGGUGUGACACAGACACACAUUUGGAUUAAAUCAAUGCUUUUUGGUGCUAGGUGAGCCCUGCAUGAUGCCUUAUGCCUUAUCUCCUUGAAGCCAUGAUAAUUGUAGAUGCUUAGCAUCACUAACUAGAUAUUUUUCUACAGACUUCCUUUGAUCAAUCCACCUGAACUGGCAUAUGCAUUGUGACAGUAUCCGCAUUUUAAGCACUUAGGGUUCAUGACUUUCUUGUGUUAAUUCUUUAAUCACACGUUCCCAUUCAAACAGGACCUGGUUAGCAGCGUUUUAUUAUUGUACCUGUAGACUGUUUGUUGACAGAGAAACAUUUCUGUAUUCAUAUUGUAUAGUAAGUAAUGUUGUAUUUUGAUGUAAAUAAUGUUGUAUUUUAAAUGCAAAACUGUUAAAUGGAGUUUGAUUUAAAGCCUGUGUGAGAUGUUACCGGUGAAGAGAAUUGUUAUGUCUUUAUGUAACUGCCUACAAUAAAACAGCUGCUAGG